ACGGACCGCAUCACGCUGCACGCGCACGACCUGGAGAUAGAGGAGGACACCAUAUCCGUGGGCGUGGGCGUCGCCGCGGUGACCAUGGACCCGGUGCGACAGUUCCUGGACAUCAAGCUGGAGCAGGAGCUGGUGGCGGGGAGACGCUACCGACUCCACAUGUUCUACAAGGGCUACCACCGCGAAGACAUGAAAGGUUUCUACAGAUCCUACUACUACAAGAACGGGACCAAACGAUGGCUGGCAUCAACGCAGUUCCAACCAACAAGUGCCAGACGAGCAUUUCCUUGCUUCGACGAACCAGGUUUAAAAGCACAGUUCCAGCUAACCAUCGGAAGAACAGAAGACAGACAUGUGUUGACCAACAUGCCUUUGGAGUCAACCAUAAGAGACGAAUUUGAAAACGUGACGUGGGACGUCUUCCAAGAGACUCCAAUGCCGAUGUCCACGUACCUGGUGGCAAUAGUGGUUUCCGACUUCGACAACGUCAGCUCCAGCGACGGCUUCUACAAGACCUGGCAGCGGUCGGACGCGACGGAGCAGGCCCGGUACAGCAUAGACGUCAGCCCGAGCAUCAUGGCCGCACUGGAGGACUACACCGGGGUGGACUACUUCCUGCCCAAGAUGGACCAGGUGGCCGUCCCUGACUUCUCGGCCGGAGCCAUGGAGAACUGGGGACUCGUCACCUACAGGGAGCGGCUUAUCCUUGUGAAGGAAGACGUGACGGCGAGCUCCGACAGGCAGCAGGCGGCGACGGUGAUGGCCCACGAGUUCGCGCACAUGUGGUUCGGGAACCUGGUCAGCCCCGCGUGGUGGAGCUACACCUGGCUCAGCGAGGGCUUCGCCAGCUACUUCGAGAUCUUCGCCACGCACUGGGUUGAGAACUCGUGGCGUCUGGACGAUCAGUUCGUGGUGAGGAAGGUGCAGGCCGCUUUGAGCAGCGACUCCUUGGAGGCAGCGCACCCUCUGACGGUUGACGUCGGGAGCCCGGACUCCAUAGGCAACAUCUUCAGCGCCAUCACUUACAACAAGGGAGCAUCUGUCAUACGAAUGAUGGAACACUUCAUGACACCCGCCACCUUCCGACGUGGGAUUGGACGAUACCUCUUACAUCACGGUAACGGCACCGCGGAUCCGAGCGGCCUGUUCUCCGUGCUGGACGAGGAGUACCUACGAGACUUCCCGGACCGGGCAGUCAGCGUGGGGGAGGUGAUGGACACCUGGACCCUGCAGAGUGGUUACCCUCUGGUCACCGUCACUCGGAACUACACCACGGGGGCUGUCAACGUCACCCAGGAGAGGUUCUUACUGCAAAGUUCAGGCAAUCCCAGUGAUCGACAGUGGUGGGUGCCUCUGACAUACACUACUGAGUCACAACUUGACUUCUCCAACACGACGACCAGAACCUGGCUGAACGCAACUGUACCUGCUGCUACCAUCACGAACUUGACAGCUUCAGCCUCGGAAUGGGUCAUCUUCAACAUACAGGAGAUAGGGUUCUACCGGGUGAACUACGACGGCCGCAACUGGGAGCUGAUAGCCCGGCACCUGGACUCGGACGGCUACGAGGACAUCCACCUGCUGAACCGGGCCCAGCUGAUGGACGACGCCUUCAGCCUGGCGCGCGCGGGCGUUAUCGGCUACCCGGUGGCCCUCGCGCUGACCCGCUACCUGGCCCGGGAGGUGGACUACGUCCCCUGGAUGUCCGCGCUGUCCGCCUUCAACUUCCUGGACCGCAGGCUGCGGGGGAGCUCGCAGAGCGACCACGAGGCCUUGAAGAGCUACGUGCUGGGACUCAUGGAGAAGGUGUACCAGGCAGUCGGGCUGCGGGAGAUGCCCUCGGACAGCCACCCCGCCAGGCUCCACCGCAACCAGAUACUCACCUGGGCGUGCCGAUACGGCGAGCGGCAGUGCCUGAGCAUGGCCGCGUCGCACUUCUCCCUGCUCAUGGCCGACCCCGACAACUACCUAGUCCCUCCUGAUUUGAAGAGCGUCGUUUAUUGCAACGGUCUGAGCCAAGGCGGUGAAGCUGAGUUCAACUUCCUGUGGAAUCGCCACCUCAGCCACAACGUGAACUCUGAGCAGAUCGUCAUUCUAACAGCCAUGGGGUGUGCUGGAAACGAGACACUAAUUCACAGGCUCCUGAGGCUGUUAAUCACAGAAGAUAACGGAAUCAGAGCGCAGGAUGAAACGACCGUUAUCAGCUCCGUCCUCAACAACUACGGAGUGGACCACGCUCUCACCUACCUCAACAGCAGCUUACGGGACAUAGUUUCAUUUCACAACUCUACAUCUCCCGCUUUGAGCUUGAUUUCAUCCAUUUCUGCUGCGAUUUCUUCACAGGAACAGCUGGAUAAGCUGCGGACGAUAGUGGAGAGCCACCAGGAUCUCCUCGGCGCAUCGGCCCCGACGGCCUUGAGCUCCGCCGAGGGCAACCUCCGGUGGCUGUCGACCCACGGCCCGGCGGUCGUCUCCUGGCUGCAGGAGCAGAGCUACCGCCUCCCGACGUCCCUGCGACCCGAAACUUACGUCGUCCGCCUGGCGCCCGACCUGGACAACUUCACCUUCGCCGGCGAGGUCACCGUCACCCUGGCGGUCGUCGAGGCCACCGACCGCGUGGUCCUUCAUGCCAACGACCUGUCCGUGGACCGCGGGAGCAUCGCGCUGUUGUCCCUGUCCGGCGGCUCCGGCGUUGCUGUCGUCGACGUGGUCGAGGACGGUCGCCGUCACUUCCUGAUCGUCAGGCUGAACCGGAGUCUCGCGGCGAGGGAGCGACUGAACCUCAGCAUAAGCUACACCGGCCACAUGAGGGACGACAUGUACGGCUUCUACAGGAGCUACUACCACCUGGAUGGCCGGAAGAGAUGGAUUGGAAGCACGCAGUUCCAGCCUACUCAUGCUCGUAGGGCAUUUCCAUGCUUUGAUGAACCCGCUUUCAAAGCCACGUUCAACAUGAGCAUCUUAGUCCCGGCAGGCUACCAUGCUUUGUUCAACAGCAAGAAAAUAUCUAAUGAUUCCGAGAUCUCCGCCGAUGGCAGGAGGUGGGAGCGCUUCGAGCAGACGCCGCUCAUGUCCACGUACCUGGUGGCCUUUGUGGUGUCGGACUUCGUGGAGCGCAGCAACGCGGCCGGCAACGUGUCGGUGUGGCAGCGGGCCGACGCCGCCCGCCAGGCGCAGUACGCGGUGAACGUGACGCAGCCGAUAGUGAGCGCCAUGGAGCGGCUGGUGGGGCACGACUACCAGCUCGGCAAGCUGGACCAGGCGGCCAUCCCGGACUUCUCGGCGGGCGCCAUGGAGAACUGGGGGCUCGUCACCUACAGGGAACGUCUGAUCCUGUGGGACGAAGAAGUGUCUACGACUGCGGACAAGAUGAACAUAGCGACGAUAAUAGGCCACGAAGUUGCCCACAAGUGGUUCGGCAAUCUAGUGACCCUCUCGUGGUGGACCUACACCUGGCUGAACGAGGGCUUCGCCACGUAUUUCCAGACGUUUGCACCAGCACAGGUGGAGACGGACUGGAGACUCGGCGAGCUGUUCGUGAUCCUCCACCACCAGGCCGCUCUGGAGUCGGACGCUCGCGAGACGUCGCGCCCGAUGGUCCACAGCGUCAACUCCCCGGCGGAGAUCUGGUCCGUCUUCGACUUCGUCAGCUACGCCAAAGCUGGAUCGGUGAUAAGAAUGAUGGAGCACUUUCUCACAGGCGAUGUCUUCAUCAGAGGCCUCCAUGACUAUCUUGGAAAACACGGCUACGGAAACGUGGGCCCCGACGACUUGUACUCCGCCCUGCAGAACGCCAGCAACUCGACUGAGGUCAGCGUGAAGACAGUGAUGGACACCUGGACCACCCAGAUGGGCUACCCUCUCGUCACAGUCACCCGGGACUACAGCACGGGGGUUGUCACUGUCGAGCAGGAAAGAUUCCUGCUACAUACUAGCACAUCCUCCAGCGACUACCACGACUACAAGUGGUGGAUUCCUCUAACCUACACCAGUAAGACCAUUGCCAACUUUGCCAACACCACUCCGGCCGCAUGGCUACCAGCAGAAAACUCCCAGAUAUCCAUAGUCAGCAGUGCAUCUGCUAAUGACUGGCUCAUCUUUAAUCUCCAAGAAACAGGCUACUACCGGGUGAACUACGACCUGGCGAACUGGCGGCUGAUCACGGAGCAGCUGAGCGGCGACCAGUGGCACGCCAUCCCUCCGGUGAGCAGAGCCCAGCUGCUGGACGACGGCCUGAACCUGGCGAGGGCCGGCCUCCUGGACUACGAGGUGGCUCUGAACCUCACCACCUACCUCUCCCGGGAGACCGACUACGUGCCCUGGUACUCCGCCCUCACCGCCUUCACCUUCCUGGACGCCCGGCUGAGGGGCGCUGCCCCCCAGGACUACCAGCUCUUCACGAACUACGUUCUGAACCUCACUGACGGCAUAUACAGCUCCCUGGGCUUCGCGGAGGGCCCUGCCGACCACCACACCGCCAAGCUGCUCCGGGCCCUGGUCCUGGGCUGGGCCUGUGACCUGGGCCUGGAGAGCUGCGUCACCUGGGCGAGGCAGCAGCUGGCUCUGCAGAUGGGCAACGCAUCUUACAGGAUCCUGCCGGAUGUGAUCAGAGUGGUGUACUGCACCGCCCUGAGGCACGGCGGGGUGGCCGAGUGGGACCACGUGUGGCGUCGCUUCAACGAGUCCAACUCCGGCACUGAGCAGGUCCUGCUACUCGGCGUCCUGGGCUGCACCAACGACGAGGCGACCAUCAACAGGUACCUUCAGCUCUCCAUCAGCGAGGACUCUGGGAUACGCAGCCAAGACGCCGCCAGCGCCUUCACAGCUGUCGUCAACAAUCCAGGAGGAGUGGACAUUGCUUUCAACUUCCUCGUAAACAACUACAUGAACAUCUCGUCGUUCUAUGGUGGCAUGAACUCCAUCGGCAGUAUUUUAACUAGGAUUGCAGCCCAGUCGUCUACAAGGGAACAGGCAGAUGCGCUGCGGCGGUUCGUGGAGCAGCACCAGGACGGGCUGGGCACGGCUCUGGACUCCUCGCGGCGCGCGCUGGAGGCGGCCGAGGAGAACCUGGCGUGGCUGGGCGCGCGCGGCGACCACAUCCUCGCCUGGCUGCGGCGCCGCGCCGAGACGGACCCCGCGUCCCCCGAGACGACUCCCGCCACGACGACGACGGGGGCGCCUCCCAGCGCGGCCGGCGCACCGGGUCCCAGCGCCCUCCUGGCGACCGCUACUGCGUCCGUCCUCGUGCUCUCGCUGGCCGCAUACGGCGUGUUGAAAGUGUCUAGUUCAAGUCGACAUGUCACAGUUACGGCCAGGUUUUUCAGUCGUUCUCUCUCUGCGGCAGACAUGGUCUUAAGCCACGCAAGGCUGGCGCGGCUGGCGUGGCUGGCGUGGCUGGCGCGGCUGGCGUGGCUGGCGCUGGCAGCGGAAGGCCUGGCACUCGGACACCGCCUGCCCCGCUCCGUGGUGCCGGAGCGCUACCAGCUCUACCUGGUGCCCUUCCACCCGCACCAGUUCACGUUCACGGGCAACGUCACCAUCUCCGUGACCGCCGCUGAAGACACCGACAACAUAACCUUGCACGCCAACCACCUGCAGGUGGACCGUGCGGCGGUGAGGACGUCUGGCGACGCUCCGGCCCGCGAACUGGCCGUGAGAUGCGUCGCGGCGGAGGGCGGCUCCCGCCAGCUCCUGGUGCUGCGGCUGGGCGAGCGCCUGGUACCCGGGGCCCGCUACCAGCUCGUCCUCCACUUCUCCGGCGAGCUGCGCGCCGGCCUGCGAGGCCUCUACCGCAGGAGCCACGGCGCGAGGAUGCUGGCGGCCACGCAGUUCGAACCCACCUACGCCCGGAACGCGUUCCCCUGCUUCGACGAGCCGGCCUUCAAGGCCACGUUCCAGAUAAACAUAGCGAGGAGCCGCGAGAUGACAGCCCUGUCCAACAUGCCUCUGGAGUCCACGUCGCUGCCAGACCCUGGAGCGGGCGGCAAGGUGUGGGACCGCUUCGCCGAGUCGCCGCGGAUGCCGACCUACCUGGUGGCGCUGGUGGUGGGGGACCUGCAGGCGACCCGGGCCUCGGACGACGGGCGGGUGUUGGGGUGGGCCCGCCGAGGGACCCCGCCCCCUGCUGGGCUGGCCCCGCCCGCCGUGGGCCGGCUGCUGCGGGCCCUAGAGGCCCACACCGCCGUGCCCUACGCCCUGCCCAAGCUGGACCUGGUGGCGCUGCCCGGCGCCGCCCUGCCCAUGGAGAACUGGGGGCUCGUCGUCUACGGGGAGGCGCACGUGACGUACUCGCAGCACUGGUCGCACGCGGCGUGGGGGGAGCGCGCCGCGGUCAUAGCGGCGCACGAGCUGGCGCACCAGUGGUUCGGCAACCUGGUCACCGCGGACUGGUGGCGCCACGUCUGGCUGGCCGAGGGCCUGGCGCAGUUCUUCGGCUGCGCUGCGCUGCACGCGGUGGAGCCGACGUGGAGGGUGAUGGAGCAGUUCGUGGCCGCUCAGUUGCAACCGGCGCUGGCAGUGGACGCCGCGUCUUCCUCCGAGGGUCUGGACGCCGACUGCGGCACGCCCGCGGAGAUACAGCUCAAGUUCUCCGAGCUCGCCUACGGGAAAGGAGCCAGCUUGGCACGCAUGCUUCAGCACACUUUGACUGAAGAGACAUUUAUGAAAGGAAUUCGAAGCUACCUUAAUGCCCGCCGUUUCGACACGGCCGCGCCGGGCCAUCUUUACGCCGCCCUGCAGACGCACGCGGCGGCGGACGGCCGGCUGCCCGGGAACUCCACCGUCGAGGGUCUGUUCGGCCGGUGGGCGUCGCAGGCGGGCUACCCGGUCCUCAGGGUCGACCGCCACUACGACAACGGCAGCGCCACCGUCUCGCAGUCACGGUUCUUCUCGAACGGAUCUGCAGCAGCGGGUCAUGAAAAAUGGUCGGUUCCUCUCUCGUGGACCAGCCAGUCAAAUGCUCCAGCGGGAUUUGAGAACACGACGCCCUCAGCCUGGAUCUUGGACAGCCAGUCCAGCAUCCAGCUGCAACACGUGGCGGCCAGCGGCGACUGGGUGAUAUUCAACAACCAGGAGUCAGGCUACUACCGGGUGAACUACGACGAGGAGAACUGGCGCAGGAUCGCCGCGCACCUCGGAGGGGACGGUCACCAGAAGGUGCACGUGCUGAACCGAGCCCAGCUGCUGGACGACAGCCUGAGCCUGGCGAGGGCCGGCCUCCUCGACUACCGGUUCGCCCUGGACGUGACCCGGUACCUGUCCAGGGAGACAGAUCCCGUUCCCUGGACUUCCGCCUUCAACGCGCUGCUCUUCCUAGACGACACGCUGGUCGGCACGGAUGCCCACGAACCUUUCCAGGCCCACGUGCUGAGGUCGCUGCGGGGCUUCUACGCCUCGGUGGGGUUCUCCGGGUCCCGGGGCGAGGCGCACCUCGCGGGGACCACCCGCGCCUCGCUGCUGGCGUGGGCCUGCCGCCUGGGGCACCCCGACUGCGCGGCGGCGGCGAGGCGGCUGUUCGGCGCCUGGGCCAGCCGCCCCGGGUCCGGCGAGGAGCGCGCGUUUCACCCAGACAUAAAGCGCAUCGUUUACUGCACGGCAGUAUUUUAUGGCGGAAAUGAAGAAUGGGACUUCCUGUUGUCAAGAUACGCAUCUGGCAAAGCUUUUACAGAUGAGAUUUUGAUUCUAGAGGCACUUGGAUGUUCUAAGAACCCAUCAACGCUAAAUAAAUACUUGCAAAUGUCCAUCACUGAAAACUCGAUGAUAAAGAAGCAUCAUAGAGCUAAUGUAUUUUAUGCAGUAUACAAAACCCAUCAAGGGAUAGACAUUGCUCUAAACUUCUUGGUACAGAAUGUCAAAAUAAUGUCGGAAUCGAACGGUGGGACGGACGCAAUGCAAGGCAUGAUAGCUGGAAUUGCCAGUAGGUUGACGACAAGAAACCAGUUAAAGAAGCUGGAUUAUUUGCUAACAAGUGAGUUGCGAGAAGCUACGGCCUUGCAAAACGCCAUAGCAGCGACGAAUGAACUCUUGGAGUGGAAACACCGCCAUUACAACACCAUAGAGCGCUGGCUCGCCGAGAACGAAGAUGAGGAAGUUGAAGAUUUUCCUCACAAUCUCAUCUCGCUUCUGUCGCGAAUAUUUUUCAUUGUAUUAUUUAUUUUACAGCUGUGAAAAUGUUUUCAUUAUUCACAAGUUUAUGCGUUGUGGAAUUGUACAACGAGAAAAAAAAUUAAUUAAUUGUAAAAACCACAAAUAUCUGACAAAAAAUUCAUAAAGACAGUUAAAUUAUAGAUUGUUGGUGCAAUAAAACAUAUUGAACUGUUAUAAAAUAUUUUUUUGAAUUUUCAUUAUGUAACUGGUAAUGAAGUCUGGAUACUUUUACCAUGCCAAUUAUUUAAACAAAAACUGUUUUAAUGUCCUUUCUACAGUCAUCUUUAUCAAUUUUAAAAUAUGGUUGUUUCCUUAAGUGCACAGAUAGUGAGGGUUGAUUAAUGUCGUGGUUUGCAAAACGACGUAAAAAAUUAAAACAUUGAGCAAAUAUAACACAAUAGGAUGAUAUUUUACACGAAUCAUUCUUGCAAGCCUAUUAAAUGAUUUUGAUAACAUAUUGUGAAAAAAAAUUAUGUAAGACAUUGAAUGGUAUACAUUUAGAGCUUAAGUUAUGUUAAAUCAUGGUAGCAGAUUACAUACAACCUUAUUGUAAUAACAACUUUGUAGAAUGCAUAUUUAAAACAGAACUUAGUUUUUGGUUAAAAAUAAAAUAGGACUCUUCACAUCGUAAGAUACGGACAUUGACUUAUUGUCAAAUAAUUGAAAGUUUGAAACUUUUCUGAAGCGGGACUUAAAGUAAAAGGGUUCUAACCCUUUUGACGUCAAUCUACCCUUCCCUGUUAGAUUGAAUUCCUUUAGGUACCACCAUUAGCUGUUAUAUUAUGGAUUCAAAAACUUAUUUUAAAGCUAUAUUAAGUUACUGUCAAAGAAAAAGAGUUUCGUUUGUGCCAAAAAAAUAGUUUGUGCAACAAUUUGGAAAAUUAAUACAACAAUAGAUCUUAAAAAAAAAAUUGUAAUGUAUAACCAAACAACAGGUUUUGAAAUAAAUCAAGUGUGUAUUUGAAUAGCUUGAACAUGUUUCAAGAAAACCAUUGUUAAACAACAACAAAAUAAUUUUUAUGGUAAAUUUAGAGUAAUAGUUAACAAAUAGUGAAACAAUAUCAAGUAAGUGAAAUAAAUGUUUAUUCUUUCGCUGCUCAAGAGUAAGAAGUAAGUUGUCGUUGAUUAGCUGCGGAAGGUACUCUGCACUUAUGCGAGGCAUUGCGCGCAAUUCGUGGGUGAUAAAGGUUUCGUGAUUAGUAUACUUGACGCCUUUUGACAGGAUAGUGCUCAAAAGUAAUUUGUGGGUCUAGAGGGAUAAUA